CGCAUCCCGGAAGUAAAGGUGUCGUUGGACAAGAGUUUAGAAACAAACUGGCGAUCAGAUGAGUGAAUGCCAAUCAUUUUAACGACAGAUUGAUGAUCGAUAGAGCGCUGAUUGACAGUCAGCAUGAUGAAGAUGAAGAUGAUGAAGAUGUGUCUGACGAUUUUAAUACUGACAGUGUCUGACAGCAGCGCGAGGAUCCAUCAGCUCAAACUCAGGAAUGAGACACGGUUUGUCGUGCAUUUAAACACAUUCGGUUAUUUUGCUAACGGCACUCUGGAUGUUCACCUGGUGUCGCUGCAGCUUCCACAAGAGAAGAGCGACUCCAAAUACCCGGUUGGCUUCAGUCUGGCCAGAUCUCGAGUGAAUGGAGUUCUGUCGUACACCGCGGAGGAGACCGAGGAGUGCACGCUGACCAAGAGCAAGAGUGAAGAAGAACUUAUCCUCUUCAUCAUCGAUACUAAUAAACUCAGUGUGCUUGUGAAGGGUUUCGGUGAUUCUGACAGUGUUCUGGAGGCUGAAACAAAGCCAGAGAAGACGACCGAUGGAGAUAAAGUGAGGAGGAAAAGAGAAGAGAAGGCUGAAAAAGGAGCAGCUGAUGACAAAAAGACGGAAAAUCCACCAGAUCAGAGCAAAACAGACACCAAAUUGACGGCGGCUCCCGUCAGCAUCCAUGUUAAACAGCAGGUGGCGAGUGUGAACGGGAAGACACUGAACCUACAGAAACACGGAGAAUCCUACAACUUCAGCUUUCGUCUCACUAUGGGCUCACGGUCUCAGGGGCUUUACAAUCUGAACUUCCACAACUGCCAUAACAUGAGAGCAGGAAUGCUGAGUCCGUAUUCUCUCCAUGUGGAGAUCACGGAAAAGAAUCCUAGCGGUUAUCUCUCAGCGGCUGAGAUUCCUCUGCCACGCCUCUACAUCUCCAUGGCAGCCAUCUUUUUUACCGCCGCUAUUGUCUGGACAUACACACUGCUCAAGUACAGGUACAGUGUGUUUAAGAUCCACUGGCUGAUGGCAGCGCUGGUGUAUACUAAAGCUGUUUCACUUCUCUUUCACAGUAUUAACUAUCACUUCAUCAACUCUGAGGGUCACCCAAUUGAAGGCUGGGCCGUCAUGUACUACAUCACCCACCUGUUGAAGGGCGCUCUUCUGUUCAUCACUCUGGCUCUCAUCGGAACGGGUUUCGCCUUCGUUAAAUACAUCCUGUCAGAUAAAGAGAAGAAGAUCUUCAUGAUUGUCAUUCCUCUGCAGGUUCUGGCUAAUGUGGCGUAUAUAAUCAUCGAGGAGACGGAGGAGGGAGCGAGUGAAUACGCUCUCUGGAGGGAGAUCCUCUUCCUGGUGGAUCUCAUCUGCUGCGGCGCCGUUCUGUUCCCUGUCGUCUGGUCCAUUCGUCAUCUGCAGGAGGCCUCAAACACCGACGGCAAAGCUGCUAUGAAUCUGGAGAAGCUGAAGCUCUUUAGACAUUAUUACGUUAUGAUCGUGUGUUAUAUCUACUUCACACGGAUCAUUGCGAUCCUGCUGAGGGUCACCGUGCCGUUCCAGUGGCAGUGGUGUCAAGAGUUUUUAGUGGAGGUUUCCACUUUGAUCUUCUUCGUCUUGACGGGAUUUAAGUUUCGUCCCGCAUCAAAUAACCCGUAUCUCCAGCUGCCUCAGGACGAGGAGGACCUAGAGAUGGAUGAAGUAAUAACAGAGUCGGGAGCGCUGGAGGGAAUCCAGAAGGUGAAGAAAACGUCUAACGGCCGAGAGCGACAGAGAGAGUUGUGAGCAUGACAUCGAAAAGGGAGGAGCCUGGACUCUUAAGCUCCUCCCCUUCCCUGAGGCUGUUACCUUGGAAACCGCAGCCUCACGUGCAAGUGAAUAAGAGGGAAUGGAAAAUAAAGCACAUCAGACAUGAUUUCUCCUCAUGAGGACGUGUGGAAAGUGGUGCCACAGAUUGAAUCUCUUCGCUUUGGUUUACAGUGAUGAUAUAGUCAUUCAUUUGUUUGUGCACUCAUUUAUUCUUUCAUUCCAAAGAUUUACAAUCAUUUUACUGAAUGUGCCCGGAGCUUUUGAUUUGUGUGAUUUUAUUCUUCUUUUAAUUCCUUCUUUAUUAUUUAACCGCAGCAGCUGCGACUGACGCUGAGAUUUCUGACUUGAUGCAUUUGUUUGUAAUUAAUGUUGAUUUUUUGCUGUAUUCUUGACAUUGGAUGCCGAAGACGACGAGUUCGUAAUGUAAUUCGCACAGGAACAGAAUAAGCUGUAAAACAUUGUGGUGGCCGAGACGUGGAUAUUAAUUACAAAAGUACGAAACCUGAGAAGCAAACACGAAACGUGUUCUUCUGCCUGAGACGAAUGGGAUGUUUAAAGUUGUUUUGCUGUACAAUAUCAUUCUUUAAUCCGUGUUUUAAGCUGAUCCGUGUAUGUUAACGUCCCGCAAGCUAUCACCGUAGUUAAGCGCAGUUUCCGCUCACGUUACCAUAGAUACUUCAGUUAUUGUGACUAUUGUGAUGUAACAUGUAAUCCUCUUUUCAGAAUGUUUCAGCAUCUUUUGUUAUUUAGUUUUGAUGACGGUGGUAUUUUUCUAAGAUUAUUUUGUGUCCUCUUGAAAGCUUUAUUUGGUAAGGUUACUCCGAGGACUCAUCUGCUCUUUUUUUUUGGUUGUUUGUUUAAACUAAAAGCUCAAUAUUCAUUAAAAUAAUAUCAUAAAUGAAGGACAAACCACUGUUAAACCGUGUCUCUGUGGCGAACUAACGAUUACAUCGCGGAAAUGGAUUUAACGACAGCUUUGCAUUUUGUGGCUUGUCGUCGCUCAUAGUUUAAACACGAUGUUUGGACCUGAAUAAUGUGUAAAACUACACUCUAGAUUAAAUCAGAUAAUACCUACAAACAAACUAUCAGAGAAAUAAACUUUCCCUUCAUUUCCUUUGCUGGUUUACCCUGUUAAUUGUGUUCAGGUUUGAAAUAAAUAAAAUAAUA